AUGCAAGACCCACAACAACAGGCAGCCAACCAUAACAACAAUGAGCAACAUAAUUUUCAAAAUUCAUUGUCUAUGGCCAAAGUAGAACAAUACAUCGGAAGAGGUUUCUUUCAAAUGCUUUUCCAAGAGCAACACGAUGUAAACAACAAGUACAGCAAGGCUACAAAGCCACAAUCAUCCCGUGAUGACGAUGAAGAAGAAGAGGAAGAUGAUGAAGAAAUUAAUGCCGGAGUGGAUGUUCAAAAGUUAAUGAAAAAGAAGAGAAUUAUUAAAAACAGCGAAGGAUAUGAAAAAGAAGAAGAGGAUUAUGAUUAUUAUGAAGUACUCGGGUUAGAAAAGCGUUGGCUCUCAACUCCCGAUGAUAUUAGAAAAGCAUAUAAAAAGAAGGUCAAGGAAUACCAUCCCGAUCACUUUAAAAAAGCCUCCUCCAACAAUACGACCACUGUUGGAGAGAACAAACAAGUUCCCGAUGAUACCAUGUUCAAAGUACUCACGAAAGCCUAUGAAACUCUUUUAGAUGAAAAAAAGAAAUUAGCCUAUGAUUCAAGCGAACCAUUUGAUGACUCGAUUCCAACCUAUUCAACUCCUUCUACUCCACUCACAGAGGAGGAAGAACAAAAGAGAUUCUUCUCAACAUUUGCACCAGUUUUUGAAAGAUGGUCCAAAUGGUCUCGAGCUUUCCCAAAUGUCCCUAAAUUGGGUGAUAUGAAAACACCUUGGGAAGAGGUUGAGAGGUUUUACACAUUUUGGGUCACAUUUAAGAGUUGGAGAGACUUUAGUGGAGAGAGUGAAUAUGAUGAAUCAAUGGCUGACUCAAGAGAAGAACGUCGUUGGAUGAAACGUCAAAAUGAUAAGCUCAAUCAAAAACGCAAAAAAGAAGAAAAGAAAAAGUUGAAUGAUUUAGUGGAACUUGCACGUCGUAAUGAUCCACGAGUUAAGAAAAAGAAUGAAGAAAUUGAACAAGAAAGAAAGAGAAAGGAAGAAGAAAAAGCUAAACGCGAACUAGAAAAACUUUUGAAAGAGGAACAAGAACGAAAGGCAGAAGAGGAACGACAAAGAAAGGCAGAACAAGAAGAACGCGAAAGAAAACAGAGAGAAAAAGAAGAAUAUGAACGAAAACAACAAGAAAAAAUUCAAACUAUUAAGAAAAUGCGAGAUAUGUGUGAACCUUAUUUAGUUUUAAUUUUAAAACCAACGAAAAAUCAAGAACAACCACCUUCAAAAAUCAAAGCUGAAGAUUUGGAAUUUCUUCUCAGCAAUUUACCAAUUGAUAACUUAAUGAAAGCAGUUCAGAAAUUAGAACCAAUAUUUGAGGAAUCUAAAAAAACAAAGGAUGACUCACUCUUUGUGAAAGCUUUUUAUGAAAUCGAGAAUAAGGUGAGAGAAGUUGUUCGUAAAAAAGAAGAAGAAAAGAAACAAUUACAAGCUCAACAAAAAAAGAAUGCUGAAAAGAAGAGCUCUGAAUGGACGCAUGAAGAAUUAACUCUCCUUGCAAAAGCAAUUGCUCUCUAUCCAGGAGGAACUCAACAGAGAUGGGUUCGUGUUGCCGAAUAUGUUGGAACUAAAACACCAGAAGAGGUUCAACAAAAAACAGGAGAAAUUCGUAAAAAAACAAGUACAGGUGAAGUAAUUCCGAAGAGAGAUGAAAAGGAUUACUUUGGUGAGUUCCAAAAAGCAAAUGCUAAAAAUCAAACCUCAAAAAAGAAGGAAGAAGAACAAAAGAAGAUGGAAGAACAAUAUCACAUUGGAUCAAAAACGAAUCAACCAGUCAUAGAAACUUCCUCCUCCACAACAGGUGUGGAAAAUUGGACAGCACUACAACAGAAAGCACUCGAGACAGGAAUUCGACAAUUCAAAGAGUUGAAAGGAGAUGCAAAAUGGGAAAAGAUUGCUGAAAUAGUUCCUGGAAAAUCAGCUCAAGAUUGUAAGGAUCGUUUUGAAUACUGUCGACAACUUGCAUUGGCAAAGAAGAACAAACAAUAA